AUGAUGAAGCAAUAUCAGGUUCUCUCUCUGCUUGCCUGCGUGGUCCCCGCCGCUUCCCAGGGUGUCACGGAGAAGAUCGCCCCCGAAGCCAAGGCUCCCGCCGGAUGUGGCCCGAGUUUCGAUCGCAAGUUCGAGAUCUCAAUCUUGGAGCUCGGCAACCCGACCAAGAGAAGCGAGCAAACUCGCCAGUGCCAUGGCGAAGGUACUCUUGUUUCCCAGCUUGUGGAUGGUGUGUUGACCGACGCCCACGGUCGGACCGGAUACAUUGCUUCGAAUUUCCAGUUCCAGUUUGACGGUCCUCCUCAGGCCGGUGCCAUCUACACAGCUGGCUUCUCGGUGUGCAACAACGGCUCUUUGGCAUUCGGUGGGACCACCGUCUUCUACCAGUGCCGCUCUGGUGAUUUCCAAAACCUCUAUGACCGCUGGUGGGCUGAGCAGUGCAGUCCCGCAGAGAUCUUGGUGAUCCCUUGUGGUGACAGCCACCAGGACGCUGCCAUCAACGGGGUCGUUGUCGGUACCACAGUCCUACCCACGACAGUGGUUGUCCCACAGAGUGAUGGAGAGGGCAAGGCUGUUGUUACCACGGCAGCUGUUCCGCUAUGCUCGGUUGGCCAGAUCGGAGAUGGCCAAAUCCAGGGACACCCGACUCUCUGUUCCGAAUUUGAGUUUCCCACGCCACUGACGGACCUGGUACCUGUGUCUGAAUAUGCCGAUGGUCAGAUCCAAGUGACACCCCCUGCUCCUGGUACACCUGGGAAUCCUCCCAACUCGCAACCCACGCCCUCUAACUCGAUCCCCUACAUCUUUCUGACGACUACUCCUGCUUCCGGAUUCCCACCAGCUCAGACGACCAUUGUUCCUCCCGGCGUUGUUAUUGCCAGCUUUUACUCCAAGCCACCCACCGUCGUGGUCGCCAACGAUGCCGGCCGCCGCUGGCUGUCUAGCACCACCGGAUACAUGGGUAUGGUCAUGGGUGUUAUCGGUGGUCUUCUGUUCCUCUAA